GUCAAGCGUGUGGUGUCAGAGAGUCUUUAUCAAUAAAAAGUGAGCUUUUUGCGGAGAUAGCAGGUAAUUAAUUUAAUAGAGGGUGAUUGUAAGAUCUCACGUUGUUUUUGAGCCUCCUAACAAGUGUUUAGCUCUUGAAAAAAAAAGGACCGAUAGCGUGUGAUUACACAACGUUAAGUAUAUAAAUUUCAAUUAAUCUUAUCAGAACUUAGCAAGCAGCAUCAGCAUUAAUAUCAGUCUCGAAAUGGCAUUUGAAGGGAAGGUUGUUUUAAUCACCGGAGCAUCUUCGGGAAUCGGCUGCGGGACGGCACAAUUGUUCUCCAAGGAGGGAGCUAAAGUUGCCAUUAGCGGUCGCAAUGAGGAACGUCUCCGGGAGACUUUGGGAAAAUGCAAAGCUCCAACUUCCGGACGAAGUCACUUGAUAAUCGUGGGGGAUGUUACGAAUGAAGAUGAUGCCCAGAAGAUUAUUAACAAUACCAUUGCUCAUUUCGGUCAACUUGAUGUGCUCGUUAACAAUGCAGGAAUCUUGGAAACUGGAUCAAUUGAAGAAACCAGUCUGGAGCAAUAUGAUCGAGUGAUGAACACCAAUGUCAGAUCUCUUUACCAUCUAACAAUGCUGGCUGUUCCCCACCUGAUCAAGACCAAGGGGAACAUUGUGAAUGUAUCCAGCGUCGCUGGUACACGCUCCUUCCCGAAUAUUUUAUCAUACUGCAUGUCCAAAAGCGCCGUAGAUCAAUUCACCAAGUGCACAGCUCUCGAAUUGGCACCGAAGCAAGUACGCGUGAACGCCGUUAAUCCUGGUGUCAUCGUGACGGACAUCCACAAGCGAGGCGGAAUGGACGAUAAGGCUUACGCUGAAUUUCUCGAACGCGGCAAGGCGACUCAUGCGCUCGGGAGAGUUGGGUCGGUGGACGAGGUGGCGGAUGGCAUUGUCUUCUUGGCUAGCGACAAAGCGUCCUUUAUCACGGGUGCCAACUUGCCAAUUUGCGGCGGGCGUCAUGUUAUGUGCCCAAGAUAGAUUUAUAACCACCACGCAUUAAUCUCGCCCUCUGCGUCCACAUGCAUUGAAUUUGGCCAUUUCACACAAAAUUGAUCACAAGAGUGUUUCAUCAGCAUUUUGGGAUUAUGCAGAAUUUGUCUGCUUGCAAAUGUAGUAUAAUACGUGGCAACAUGUCUGGAGUAAAGGAAAAUUAAAGCAAUUAUAUUUUUGGAA